GCCCCGCCCCCCUCCAUUGACGGCAAAAUGGCGACAGAGAGCUGCGAUACAGUGAACAUGGACCCUGACAUCGAGCUGCUCAGCGACGAAGAAUUAGAGAGGGAAGCGGAGGGCUUCAAAGAGCAAGGCAAUGCCUUUUAUAUCAAGAAGGAUUACGCAGAAGCAUUCAAUUAUUACACCAAGGCCAUAGACAUGUGUCCGAAGAAUGCAAGUUACUACGGAAACCGGGCAGCCACGCUAAUGAUGUUGUGUCGGUACAGAGAGGCUUUAGAAGAUUCCCAGCAAGCAGUACGACUAGAUAACGAUUUCAUGAAGGGCCAUCUGCGAGAGGGCAAGUGCCACCUGUCCCUUGGCAACGCUAUGGCUGCCAGCCGCUGUUUCCAGAGGGUUCUGGAGCUGGAGCCUGACAACAGCCAGGCCCAACAGGAGGUGAAGAAUGCAGAAUCCAUCCUUGAAUAUGAGAGAAUGGCAGAGAUUGGGUUUGAUAAGAGAGACUUCCGGAUGGUUGUUUUUUGCAUGGACCGUGCCUUGGAGUCUGCCGCAGCCUGUCACAGGUUCAAGAUACUGAAGGCAGAGUGCUUAGCCCUGCUGGGACGCUACCCUGAGGCUCAGUCUGUCGCCAGCGAUAUCCUGCGGAUGGACUCCACCAAUGCAGAUGCACUGUACGUGCGUGGUCUCUGUCUGUACUACGAGGACUGCAUUGACAAGGCUGUUCAGUUCUUUGUCCAAGCCCUGCGCAUGGCUCCCGAUCAUGACAAGGCUCGGCUCGCAUGCAGAAAUGCCAAAGCACUAAAAGCCAAGAAGGAAGAGGGCAACAAGGCAUUCAAGGAGGGAAACUUUGAGGCAGCUUAUGAGCUCUACUCUGAGGCGUUAACAAUAGACCCUAACAACAUCAAGACUAAUGCCAAGCUGUUCUGUAAUAGGGCCACUGUUGGAUCUAAGCUGAAGAAACUAGAACAGGCCAUUGAAGACUGCACAAAGGCCAUUAAACUGGAUGAGACCUACAUCAAGGCCUAUUUGCGGAGAGCACAGUGCUACAUGGACACAGAGCAGUAUGAAGAGGCAGUGAGAGACUAUGAGAAGGUUUACCAGACAGAGAAGACAAAAGAACACAAGCACCUUCUGAAAAAUGCCCAACUGGAGUUAAAGAAAAGCAAGCGGAAAGAUUACUACAAAGUGCUUGGGGUGAAUAAGGAUGCCACAGAAGAAGAGAUCAAGAAAGCUUACCGCAAACGGGCGCUUUUACAUCACCCAGACCGUCACAGCGGAGCUAGUCCUGAGUUGCAGAAGGAAGAGGAGAAGAAGUUUAAGGAGGUGGGGGAGGCUUUCAGCGUGCUUUCAGACCCAAAGAAGAAGUCUCGCUACGACAGCGGUCAGGAUCUGGAGGAUGACGGCAUGAACAUGGGAGAUUUUGAUGCCAACAACAUUUUCAAGGCAUUCUUCGGAGGCCCAGGAGGUUUUAGCUUUGAAGCGUCUGGACCAGGAAAUUUCUUCUUCCAGUUUGGUUAAUCGGAGGAUUUGUCUACCCAAACAGUUACUACAUCAGGACUUUUCAACAAUUUCAACCCCCGACCCACCAUCCAUAUUUAAUGACUGACUGAUUGCAAGUCAGUUUCCUGUCUAUGCCAUUGGCUGAAUGAAUGCAACCCAAUGACCACAUGCAACAAAUGAAUUAAAGACUCAGUUGAUAGUAUUACUGAUUUUUUGGAUUUGAUUUUCUUCUUCUGCGAAUGAAACAAACUUUAAAGUCAGUAAUGACUAGCAACACUGCUCCAAGUAUUUCUGGAUUUUUUUGGGGUAGCAGAGAUUGUGCAGCUAUUGUAUCAGAGCUUUUAGGGAUCCAUGCAGGAAGUGACAUCAUGGGGGAAACUCUUGAGAUGCAAUUGAGCAAGCUAUUAUCGGGCUCGUAUCAAUUUACUGCUGAGGGGGCGUUCUCUGCAUGAAAGGUAAUAACUUGCUUAAUGAUUUUUGAAGAAAUUCAAUAAGCAAGCGGCGCCUUCCCCUUCUGAACAAUCUGUCAGACAGACACUUGGCUGCUACGAAUUCACACUGAAAACUGCCUCCUUGUCAUAAGCCAAUAGGAGCACUUGAGCAUUUUUUUUUUUUUUUAAAUUGACAGCUGGAGCCUAAACCUACACUCACACUACAGCUGAAGCACAUUAGAAAGAUGGCAGUGGAGACAGCUGUGCUGGCUUUGUUACCAGCAAAGUCCCCCCUCCCUCUCGUUGUCACAGGUUUUAUGUUUGAUGUUGCCAUUCACAGAUUGCUGCAUUGUACAUUUUACUGGAAUGUAAAGUGUUGAUUUGUGAUGAUAGUUUUUUCCAUUUUUUUUAUUUUGAUAUGUAUAUUUAUUGUAAAUUUGCUGUCUGAUAGAACCAUUGGUGGAAGAUGAGGACGUUUUUCUGUUGUAUAAAAGAUUAUGAGCGCCCCUUUGACACAAGUUCAGGAAAAUGAAUGUUUUGCUGCAUGAAAAACAAUGCAGAAAUAUAUUAUGUUUGUUGUUUUCAUUUGAUUGUGAUGCAAACUGUCUUAUUUUACUAAAUGCAACAAGAAGGGCAUAAGAAUAGAAUGUGAUGCGUUUGCUAUUGAAAGUCAUUGGAUGGUUAUGGAUUACCUGGUAAUGUUUAGUUACUUCCUGGUGAGUUUUUCGUUCUCUUGGUGCAGUUAAGGGAGAAAAGCGUCCUCAUCUUUGCUCUCAUUGUUUUUGCCCUUGUGGUGAAACCAUCCUCUCUUUAUCCUUGAAAAGUACCAGCCAUGUCAAUAAAGUUGGCCUCCUCUGGGUUUCCCCUAAA